CUUUGAUGUGGAUUGUGGUGAGAAAGUCAUUUGCCCGGCUUAACGACAGUAUUCGACGACAAAGUCUAUCACCAACAAUAAAUCCAUCACCGAAAUUGCACUCCUUUAGACGUCGCAAGGCCCAAUGUUUGUUUGCCACUUUCUCCCGCCCAGUGCAUAGCAUUGAUGUCAGCUUUAGUCUUUCCGAGGACAUCAACCAGCCGAGCAGAGGCACCUUCUCCAUUAAGGGUCCCACAUUCCAGAUGCAUGCCCUCAAAUCUUUGUCAUUUUCCUUUGAACGGCCGACGCGCUCAUCAUCAAAAGAAAAGGAUCAUAUUGCAAACGUUAGGUUUGACCUGCAAAACGCUUGUGACUACUCGUACUUAAGUUAAUAAUCGGAAUUUCGUUUAUUUGUUUCUUAAGUCUUCUUAAGUGCUUUAAAACAAACUUUUGUACAUCUGUACAUAAGCUCUUAUAAU